AUGGCUCGCACCAAGCAGACGGCUCGCAAGUCCACGGGCGGCAAGGCCCCCCGCAAGCAACUCGCCACCAAGGCGGCCCGAAAGAGCGCUCCGGCCACGGGCGGCGUCAAGAAGCCUCACCGCUACAGGCCCGGCACCGUCGCUCUGCGCGAGAUCCGCCGCUACCAGAAGUCCACCGAGCUGCUCAUCCGCAAACUGCCCUUCCAGCGCCUCGUCAGGGAGAUCGCGCAGGACUUCAAGACCGACCUGCGCUUCCAGAGCUCCGCUGUCAUGGCUCUGCAGGAGGCCAGCGAAGCGUACCUUGUCGCGCUCUUCGAGGACACCAACCUGUGCGCCAUCCACGCCAAGCGCGUCACCAUCAUGCCCAAGGACAUUCAGCUCGCCCGCCGCAUUCGUGGCGAGCGCGCUUGAACGCCCAGCUCGGCCCUCAAAGCACAACACAAAGGCUCUUUUCAGAGCCACCACUUACUCGUGAGAAAGCUUCCAUGUGUGUCCUUCAAAGUUCGGGUGCCGGAAACCUUCGUUUGCUGGUCACGGCUCUCACGAGUCGUCAGGCUGCUUUUUGCAUCCUAGGUCCCUUAACGAUGUCUGGACGCGGCAAGACCGGUGGCAAAUCUCGCGCCAAGGCAAAGUCCCGCUCUUCCCGCGCCGGCCUGCAGUUCCCCGUGGGUCGCG